GCUACAGCUCUGACCGCUACUUGCAAAGCUUGGACUCCACUACUCAGUUUAUUUAAAACAGAAGAGCCAAUUGUAUAAUAUUGGACGGAUUGAAUUUGCUCUCCCUGAUAACUAAACUGUAAUACACAGGUCUUCAAUAAGCCUAAUGAUUCCCUUUCAAGAUUACAGCCGAGAAUGUAUGCAUUUUGUUAGGAAUGGACUCUUCCAUCUCUCUUGGCAACAGGCAAACACCCGAAAGGCGGCGAGGACCCCGAGCUGUGUCUCGGUGCAGAUUUAAAGCUGUUGACGGUGACAAUGAACCCACACGUUGAUAACAUGGCUGAUAUCCUGGCAAAUGAGCAGUUUCUUCAAAGUGAAUGGCCACUAUCUGACAACAUCCCUUGGAGACAGAGAAAACCCUGGCAGGAUAUUGCUAUCAUCAACCUCGAACCAGAUGAUGGAUUAUUGGUGACUCAUGUCAAUCAAACCAGUGGGUUAUUGAGAACGAAAGGGAAACAGUCGCUGGCCAAUGAAAACCAGACAUCCGAGGAAUGGCUGACCAAUCACAGCCUCGAUCACCAGAAUUUGACGCUUCAGCAUCUUCUAACACUCUGCAAGAUCAUUAUGAAAAAGGAUGAGAAGGACGUUAAACAACUGCAGCUUGGCUUGGAUGUCAUUGAUGAGUUUGAAUCCAAACUUCAACAAAUGACUGACCUUUAUCACCAGCGGAUGGAAUGGCUGAUGGAAAGGAGCAGAAAGAUGUUUGGUUUGGUGAAGGGUUCUCGGGUUGGUGUGCUUAUCGACUCCUCUGAUGCAAACUGCGGACUUGGACGACUGCAGGACUUUCAGGCAGCUCUCCUGUGUCUGCUGGAUGAACAGCUCUGUUUUAGGAAGCAGUUUUAUUUCCUCUCCUUUGGUAGUGAUAUCUCUGAACUCUGGGAGACCCCUCGGGAUGUUAACAUUCGCACCCUGGAUGAAGCCCGGCAAUGGGUUCAAGAUCUCCGGCCCAGUGGCAGCUGCAACCUACUAAAGGCCAUGAAGAAAAUAGUGAAAGUGAGGAAGUUGAAUUCUCUUCUCAUUAUACUGGGGUCAUGUCCUGAUCAAACAGCAGAGAUUUUAUCUGACUAUAUGCAGCAAUGCAUACUAGGAAGACAUUUGCCCAUCCAGACUGUUGCAUAUGACUGUAGCAUCCAUAUGACACAUGUGACACUGAGGUCUCUGGCGGAAGCCUCAGGGGGACGUUACCAUUUGUACUCCACUGGCUGUCAGACCCAGGGAUGCUGGAGCAGUGAUCUUGAGGUCUUGAUGAAGGAACUGCAGCAAGCCAGUGACAUUUUGGAGAAGAUCCAGGAGAUACGCCAGGGGCUGCUGGGGGACACUCUCCAUGAGGUUGCGGAGCAGAUUACAACUGAGGUUGCCAAGAUACCACCUGCUCGAUUCCUACCCCAACCGCCCAAUCACGAUGGACCUCUCUGUAUUGAGACCUCCAGCUUCCUGCCCAAGACCUCUUCUGAUUGGCUGAAGCAACAUGGCUUGAAAGCCAAGAAGCUCAGUCUGUACCAAGUGUUGGCACCGAAUGCGUUCUCACCUCUGGAGGAAUUUGUGCCAAUCCUUCGCAAGACUGUGUCCUCGACACUACAUGGGAGAGCGAUGAUGCAGCUGGAGUGGCAUGAUGGGACAGUGAAGAAUGUGCAUGUAGACCCCCCUCUGUUAUACGAGUACCAGAAGCGGCUUGGACGAGCUAUGAGCCAGUUUGAGCGCAGAAUUGACUGGCUGUCCACCAGUAGCAGGAAGAUAUGGGGCAAUGUUUGUGAAAGGAGGGUGAUAAUACUGGUGGACAUCUCAAUCUAUAACUCACUGCACAUUAUCCACAUCCAGCACUCUCUGCGCCUCCUACUCGAACAGCAGAUGAUAAAUAAGGAAUGCUUCAACCUGUUUGUAUUUGGUUCUGACGUUAAGCAAUACCAGCCCCAGAUGGUGCCAGUUACACCAGAAAAUCUGCAGGCAGCAUGGAGAUGGGUCCUGACUCUGGAGUGCAAAGGCAGUCGGAAUUUCAUGAGUGCAUUGAAAACUGCAACAGAAAAUAAUCUGAAUGAACAAGAGGAUCUUUGUGGCAUGUACCUUCUUGCCAGUGGAAUACCUGACCAGGAGAUGGACAGGGUCUGUUCUUACGUUGCUGAAAUCUGUGGAGGUCGUGACCUGCAACUUCACGUCUGCCUUUUUAGUAUCGAUGAUAAUGACCUGAGUGGGAUAGUCCCUGCACGUUACGCCACUCCGGGAGAGACAGCAUGUGCACUGCAGGGGCUGGCUCGUUCAGGUCGGGGGCGGUUCCACUGGUUCCAGGAAACAGGUAUUAUAGAGAGUGAUGACAUUCACCUUCUACUGGCUGAAAUUGAGAAAGCUGCCAACUACUCACAGAAGUGUGCCAUGCUGGUCGAAUCUUUAAUGAAACGCUCCAUGAAGCAGUCACAAACAUCAACAGACGUUGGGGACGGUUUAAAGAUGUUGGUGAAAAGGGAGAAUCGCUACCCUCAGAAGCUGCUCACUCCAAAACCCAUGGCACUGAGUCCUGCCAGAAAGCAAGCGAGCGGGGGAAGCAGCGAAGAAAGCAGCUCAGCUGUCAGAGCCCUGACCUGGCAUCCACACAGUGCAAAAGUUGCCAUCCCUCCAGCUCAUCUCAAUAAGAAGUGGAUUCACUCCUCUGUGGAAAAUCACACAAAGACAAAUAAAACAGCAAAGGUUUCGAAGUCAAUGUUCUACACAGAGGAUGGAAAUAAAAUCGGUGCAGUCUAUCAGAAAUAUCCUAAGAUGAAGAAUAUGAGGAAGACCAUUCCCUUUGUAUACUUGCCAAAAGAAGAGGAGAUUUGUUCAACCUCAGCGUGGUUGAAGAAGUUCAGUAUUAAGAAGCUGGGAUUGGAUCUGCAUAAGCUCGUCUCCAGCCUGGACUGUGUGCACACAAAGCAACUUGUGAGGAGCAUACGCAAAAGGGUCUCAGCAAAGUAUUGUGCAGCCUUCCCCAGUGUGGAAAUCAAUGGUGUGAUGAAGCAUCUACACUUACAGCUGCAUGAGCUAGAAGAAUACAUUGAACAAAUGCAACAAACUCUGAGCCGAUUCCUGCAGCGAUUACAGUGGCUGCUGUCAGGAAGCAGAUGUCUGUUUGGAACAAUCUUGGAGAAGAGAGUCUGUAUUUUGCUGGAUAUCUCAGGCUCCACAAGCCCUUACCUGCCAGCCCUGAAAAAUGAGCUCACUUCACUGAUCUGGGAACAGCUGAGGAAGGGCAGCCACAGCUUUAACUUGCUAUGUUUCGCUGAGCGUGUCACCACUUGGCGGGAAUCCCUGGUGGAGGCUACAGAUGAAACUUGCCACGAUGCUGUCCAGUGGGCUUCAGGAACCAUUGCCCAUGGAAACACGUGCACCCUGGAGGCCUUACAGAGGGCCUUUCAGUUUUCGGAUGUGCAAGGGAUAUACCUGCUGACUGAUGGAAAGCCAGACUCCAGCUGUAGUCUCAUCCUGAAGGAAACUCAACAAAUGAAUGAGGGGCGAGGUGUCAAAAUUCACACCAUUUCCUUCAAUUGUACAGACAGCACAGCAAAUGAGUUCCUCAAGAAGUUAGCAGCACAGACUGGAGGCCGUUUCCACCGUUGCCAUGGAGCUGUUGAUGGGCAGCUGGCAGCACACAAAAUGCUCGCAGGAGGGUUUGCAGAUGAAGACAAUCCUAAUCUACCUGCAUUUGAGGGUGACGAUUUAAAGAAGCUUUCCAGAGAAAUAAAUAAAGCAAGACGAUUUCUAACACAAGCUAAAUCCUUCAGACACUUACUUUUGGAAAAACAAAAGAAACCAGAUCGAACAGAAAAUGGAACUUAAAGCACAGCAUGAGUCGGUCAUGCCAAAACAGAAUGAAUUGAAACCAGUGUCUUCUACUUUUAUUCACUAGACACCGUUGUUUCUCUAUGAAACCUAUCAAAUCUCUUUGUCAUAUUAAGUACUUAGAUUAGAUCACUCCUUAGCCACCAAAACUUGAGAAUACAAACUAGAACUAUGUAACCUCCCCUUAUCACUUCUUCGUUUAAGCCCUGAAUGGCUGAUAUCAUUUUUGGUGUUUCUGCUCUGUACCACCUCCAAAGCCAGCAUGUCUUUCAUUCUCACUCAACUGCAGGUACUCCCACUGUUCUGACACUGAGAGAGCACUGCACUGUCGAAAAUAUGGGUAUUUAAAUAAGACCUUAAACUGAAGCCCUGUCUAUUUGUUCACAGAAAAGGAUUCCCGAGUACAAUUCAAAGCAGAGCAGGGGAAAUUUUCCCAGUGCUCUAGCCAACAUUCUUCCUUCAACCACUACUAGCUAAUCAGAUUAGUGAUAACCUAAUGUGGGAUCUUGCUGAAAGCUCUGUAACAACAAUCACCAUGCAUUAGCAUAACUCAAAUAUAAUUCUUUCUAAAAGGACCCUCACAUCUAUUGUGAUGUGGAACUAACUUCACAAGGCAAUGCCAGGAAACAAGUACAUCUGUAAGAUUCACUCAGUAAACUUCCAACUUCCCUUUCUGUGAUUCCAUGCUGUAUUUGAAAAUGUUUUAUUUCUUAGUGACUGUAAUUUUGAUGAAUUAUGUGAAUAAUUUAUACUUUAGUUUUUUAGAUGUGUAUUCUUUGAUACUUGAUA